UGGUUGUUUUAGCAGUGGUGGUGAUGGCAACACAGAGUCGAGCUCACCCAGAAGUUUAUGAACCAGUCUACAAGCCCGAGCCGCUGCCCUACUACUACAACUACGAUGUAUAUGACGACUACAAGGGCGCCAAGUACGGUCACAGUGAGAAGUCAGACGGUAAAGCUGUGUCCGGCUCCUACACCGUAGACCUCCCUGACGGUCGUAAACAAAGGGUGGACUACACAGCUGACCAUUAUAAGGGAUACGUCGCCAAGGUCAGUUACUACGGCAAGGCUCAGCACCCUAAACACUACGGCCCCGCCGUUACUUUCAGACAUAAAGGCUAUGGCGAUGGAUACCAUGGAUAACACAUCCAUGCUUACUCAUAGCUGUUCCCAGGGAUCAUCGCCUCCGCGUCCCGGUCAUCGACCAUCUUUAAUAUUUUGUUAUAAAAUGUACUUUUUUUAUGUGAAAUAAAGCUGUUCUCUCCAUACGUUGUAUUUUAUACAUAGUAUACAAGAACACGUUUUCCGAUCGGCUUCAAAUUCCUCAGCCCAGGUAAACUGUUACUAGGUGAAGGUUAGUGUAACAGUUGUCAUAUGCAGGUGCAUUCUGUUCAGUUUUAAAUAGACUAUUCCCGAAAACGUUGAUUACGUCUCCGCAAAUAUUACUCGCUUAUACACUUGAUAUACCUUUGAAGAGUUUCGAGAGUUUAAUUA